UUUUGCCCAUAUCAAAUAUGGGAUGUGUAAUUUUCAUAGUGUGUAGGCUUCUAAGAGGAUGAAGCUGCACCAAAAAUCACGUACUCGCUGCAUCUCCGUUCAGCACUGAAUCACUGAUCAGAGAUCGCUUACGAACUCGAAAAGGUUAAUGAACGAGCACGUCAUUGCGCUUCUACUACUCUUCCACUUUACCUUCCUUCGCAGAUAAACCGUGUUGCAUAUUCGCGCUGCUUCCUCUCUAGGGUUUCUUCAACCUCAUGGCUUCCCCUACUCAUUUCGACGAUGACUUCGAUUUCGGUGACGGAUUUGGCGGAAGGCAUUCAGGUAAUAAGAGGUCAUCUCCUGAUUACGACGAUGAGGAUUAUGACAACGAUCCUUUUGCACCGAAGAAGUCUAAAACAAAGGCUGAAGAAGCUUCUGGUGUAACAACAGGAAUGAUCUUGUCACUUCGUGAGAGUCUCCAGAACUGUAAGGAAACACUUGCGACAUACCAAAAUGAACUUGAGGCUGCAAAAUCUGAGAUUCAGAGUUGGCAUUCUACACUUAAAAAUGAGCCGUCCAUAUCUGCUGGGAUCACUCCAGAGCCCAAGAUGUUGAUUAAUUAUCUUCAGACCUUGAAAUUCUCUGAAGAGUCUUUAAGAGAGCAGCUUGAAAAGGCAAAGAAAAAGGAAGCUGCGUUCAUUGUAACAUUUGCAAAACGAGAACAAGAGAUAGCAGAGUUGAAGUCUGCUGUGCGAGAUCUGAAAGUGCAACUCAAGCCACCAUCAAUGCAGUCUAGGAGGUUGUUACUAGAUCCAGCUGUUCAUGAAGAGUUCACACGUUUAAAGAACUUAGUUGAGGAAAAGGAUAAAAAAGUAAAGGAGUUGCAAGAUAACAUUGCCGCUGUAAGUUUUACUCCCCAAAGCAAGAUGGGGAAGAUGCUGAUGGCUAAAUGUAGAACCCUGCAAGAGGAAAAUGAGGAGAUUGGAAAUCAAGCUUCUGAGGGGAAGAUGCAUGAAUUAGGGAUGAAACUUGCAUUGCAGAAGUCCCAAAAUUCACAACUUAGAAGUCAAUUUGAAGGGUUGCAGAAGCACAUGGAAGGACUGACAAAUGAUGUGGAGAGAUCCAAUGAAAUGGUUCUUAUGUUACAAGAGAAAUUAGAAGAUAGGGAUCGGGAGAUCCAAAGACUAAAACAUGAGCUUCAACAGAAAAACUUGGAGGAUCAAAGACUAAAACAUAAGCUUCAACAGAAGAACUUGGAGGAUGGAAAUGACAAUAAUGAGACGAUAGCCGGGGAGGCUGCUAACUAAUUUGAAAUUAAUUUUUUGUUUUGUCUUGUAGUAAACAAUUUAUUCAUUUUUUCCCUCUUUUUAAUGUCUUUUACUGUUGUAUAUUGUAUUAAUUGUUUUUGCGAAACUGUGGAUAUUUAUGAGGAACGAUUAUGCUUCUGCAGUAUAGUCCAGAUGGAGCUACUUUUUAAUACAACUCAUGAGCAUGGUUGGAUAGCG